CGCAUGCGCAUUGGGGACCGAGUCGAGCAACACGGAAGUAGCGUGGAAGAAGAUAACAAGCAACACCUCGCGGCAAUCUCUUUCUCAGGGCUAGUUUUAUGAAACAAUAACGCUCGCACAUCGGAUCUGGUGAGGGAUAUCGCUUGACUUUAACACUGAAAGCUCGUGAGGGAUGAUGGCGUCCAUACCGUCUCUGUAGCCGAAGCUGCGUCUGCCUCAUUGAAACAGCGAAACGAACUGUUGGCCAGCUGCGCGGGGUCUCCGGAAGCUGAAGAAGAUGCCAGCUCGUAACCUUGUGUCCAACGAAACCCCCAACAGCAAAGUCAGGUACUCCAGGCUGUCCACUGAAGAUGACGGCUACACGGAUCUACAGUUCAAAAGAAGCCCACCCAAAGUCCCAUACAAAGCCAUAGCACUAGCUACAGUCCUCUUCCUAAUCGGCUCUCUGUUAAUCAUCAUCGGCUCCCUUCUCCUGGCCGGAUACUUUGGAGUAACUCACUCUGACCGAACUGUGCCCGUCCUCAUCAUUGGGAUCCUUGUCUUCCUCCCCGGAUUUUACCACCUACGAAUAGCUUACUAUGCAUCAAAGGGCUACCGGGGCUACUCCUAUGAUGAUAUCCCAGACUUUGAUGACUGAUAGACACUACAGCUUUAGCCACAGUCUGCUUGUACUCCUAUAUACUGCUAAUAUUUUGUUUUUGCUAAAUGAUAGGCACUGACCUUUCCAAAGUAAAGUAAGUCUGAAUAGAUUCUGUGCAUUCUCCUCAAUCAAUACCUCAUCAAUACCUUGAUCAUUUUAUGGGGUGAGGUAGUUAGUGCCAGCUUGCUGUAAUGAAGCCAAAUCAUUAUCAUGUAUAGUUUGAUUUGUAUAUUUCUUUUGUUAGCUUGUUAAAUUAAUAAAAAAUUAAUUU